AUGUUCGAUCUACCUAAUGCCAAACGGGUCCGCCGUGACGAAGUUCAAUCGCCCGCCUCUUCUCGUGAAUCGUCGCCUGUUGAUGAGGCUGACCUCCAGGAUGCACACACCCGACUGGGCAAGCUCCUAGAUCUGGAUGGAUUGAUCGAAGUGAAUACAGCUACUGAAGGAGAUCAAAAUGCGGCAACGCAGCCUGCAGAUGGGAACAACGACCAGGAGGAGGAGGAGCAGGAAUUCGAGUUCCGCCUAUUCAGCGCGCCCACAAAACCGAAAGCUGCUACGCCAAAGGGGCAAGGAACAGGAGAUAGAGACAAUGCGACUACAAAAGGGGAUAAGUCUUCGGGGACUGAAUCCAAGGAUACUACUGCAGGGACACAAAAGCUGCGCAUUCGAUUGCGGUCUCCUAGUCCAUCAGGAGACCCUUCGGAAGGCCGAUUCGUCAAGGCCUUCCGUGGAUGGCGGUUCUACUUCUCAACACCUACUCUCUUUGGACUAGAAGAGAAUGAUAUCGUUAAAAAGACGAUAGCUGAGCAAAGACGGCAAUUUGAGGAUAUGGCUGUCACUGGGGAGCAUAUUACAACCUGGGCUAAGUCUCAACCAUGGCCGGGCUGUGAUCUACCUUGGCGGGUCAUCCAUCUCAAGCGCCACCAGACUAAGCUACCACCUGCUUCGAAGGAUACCCUCCCAGUCUACGUGGUCGAGGGCGUACCUGUAUCCAAGUCCCCGACGACGAGGAAGAAGCCUGGCAAGAAGCGCCGCGUUCAACUGCGGAAGAAGGUUGCUGCUGCUGUGGCUGCCAAGGAGUCGGAGGCUGAAAAGAAAAACCGCAAGAAUCGGGAGCGCAAGAUUAAGCGUCGGCAAAAGGCUCGCGAGCAGAAGGUUGCAGCUGCAGGUGUCGCUGGCAAUGGGGAUGUUACAAUGGUUGACGGAGAUGGUGACUCGUCUGGAGGUGAUGAGUAG